GAGAAAAGAUAACAUCUACCUUUCCUCACUUAUCACUAAAGUACAAAGUAGCCAACUGUUCAUGGUAUCAUUGAUCAACAAUCCACGGAACAGAUAACAGCAGCCAAGUCCCAAAAGAAGAGAGUUCAAAGCAAGCUCAUAACUUGUAGAGGAGCGGGAAGAAGGUUACUGCCAAGAGCGACUCAGUCCAUCCUGCAGUGAACGCCCGUUGGCUGGCAACAAAUUCGUUCUUUUUCGUCAGACUUCGUCCCUAGUACAGCUGGUGCUCCAUCCGUGAAGCCCACAACCUUCAGCUUCAAAAAAGGUUGCACAUAAGUCAUUUCACUAACCACCAGUGGAGUCAACUUAUAUUCUUGGCGUCGAUAUAAGGAACUUAUUUCCAGUUUACUGGGUUACUGUCCAAACUUAAAUGGCGAUGAACAUUUCCAAGAAGUUUAGAUGGACCAGCAUUGUGUUCAUGACAAUUCUUGGAGUAGUGUCUGUCGUUUAUUUAAUGUUACCCUCCCACAACAUGUCAGACAUUUCUACUUUGGAAGAAAACGAGGACAUUUGCUAUGCAUGGAGAAGGGCAGACAAACGAGCCUUGAGGUCUGUACCAUGGUGGGGGCGUGCCUGUGAUAUGGAAAGUGACUGGGGAAGAAGAAGGUACAACUGCAAAAACCAAAAAACAAAUGGGAAACUGGCUUGUUUGCUUUGAUGAUAACCUUGUUCCUCAGAACAACUGUUUAGUGUACUCAUUUGGCAUUGACUAUGACUUUAGCUUUGACGACGCCAUGGCAGCCAUAGGAUGCACUGUCUACUCCUUUGAUCCCAGCAUGCUGGACACUGCUGACCACAAGCGUGGGGACCGUGUUUUCUUCCAGAGAAUUGGCAUCAGCGAUAAGGACGACGACCAUUUUGUUCCCAGAGUCGAUAGAUAUGUUAAAAAACACCCGGCGGUUAAAGGUUGGCCGAUGAGACGUCUGCAGACAAUCCUUGACCUCCUGGGUCACAGAAAGGAGCAGCUGACCGUGCUUAAGCUGGACAUUGAGGGCUAUGAGUGGAAUGUCACUCGUGAUCUUCUUGACUCUGGGAUCUUGUCGUCCGUCCCGCAGUUUCUGGUGGAGUGGCACCUGUUUAAGGACUUUCCGCCUCGAGAACGAGUCCCUGAUGCCGUUGACACGUACUUCCGGCUGAACGACAUGGGCUUCCAGUUAUUCGUCACUGGCGGUUUUUACCAAGGAUCAGCGACCUCCUUGAGAUUGACGGGAGAAGUUGCCUACCUGAACACGAAUAGAAACUGACCUGUCCCUCUAUUUUGUUUGCUUUUAUUUAGCUCUAGCAACUCAGAUUUAAACUCGUACUAUGUCCUCUUUGUCUGAAACAAGCGUUAUAAUAAUAUAAAACUCUAUUAUUAGUAGUUCUACCUUCCCUCACACGGGGUAGUUGAC